AUGCCAGCCCCCCAGACAGCAACCCCCCCAGAACAGCAGACCCAGAAACCCCCAGCACGCCAGCCCCACAGCCCAGCAGCCGCAGCAGCCCCCCAGCAGAGAGCCCAUCCCCAGUCCCAGAGCCCCCGAGAGCCCAGCAAGGCAGCCCCCCAGCCCCCAGCAGCGCAGAACACCAGCCAGCCCCAGCAGCCAGCUGCCCCCAGCCAGCACCACAGCCAGCCAGCCCACCCAAGAGCAGACCCCAGUCCCAAGCCCCCAGCCCACCCCAGACACAGACCCCAGCCCCCAGCCCCAGCCCCAGCCCGAAGAUCCCUCCCUCCCACCACUUACUUACCCCCAGAGACCCCAGAACCACAGAACCAGCCCCACAGCCUCACCCCAGAGAGCAGCAGCCCCCGACAGCCAGUCCAGCAGAGCAGAGCCCCCAGUGCCCAGCCUGGCAGCAGCAGCCACCAGCCAGCCAGCCCCCCAGCCCCCACAGCACCCCAGCCCCCAGAAGCCCCAGCAGCAGCCCAGAGCCCCAGAGCACAGAACACCCCAGCCAGCCCCCCAGCAGCCAGCCCCCCCCCCCAGACCACAAGCCAGCCCCCCCCCCAGCAAGCCCAGCCAGGCCCACACCAGUGCCAGCCCCACCAGGACCAGCCCCCAAAGGAGCCAAGUCCCAGAUCCCCAAGGCUGCAGACCCCCCAUCAGAGCCCCAGUGUGUGCCAGCAGCCCCAGCCACACCCAGAGCAGCCCAGCCCCACCAGCCAAGCACCCCCAAGACCAGACCAGAAGAGAAGCAAAGAGCAGGAAGACAGCCCCCCAACCCCCCCAGCCGCCACGCCCACCCCAGCUCCAGACCCGACCCCCCCCCAGCCCAAGCAGCAGCUCACAGCAGCACCAGCCCAGCCCAGCCAUAGCCAGACCCCCACCACAGCCAGCAGGCCAGCCAUGGACCCCCAGAGCACCCUAGCCCAGAACCCCCAGCAGCCAGCCCACAGCAGCCCAGUCCCAGCACAGCAAGACAGCCCCCACCCCAGAGAAGCAGCUCAGAAGAAGCAGACCCAGAGAACCCAGGACCAGCCAGCAGCAGCCAGCCCACAGCCCCCAGCCCCAGAGCCCCAGUCAGCCAGCCCCCCAGAAGCAGCCGCCCCCCAGCAGAGACAGCAGCAGAGGACCCAUAGCAGAGCCGGAGCCCCCAGCCGCCACAACGUCAGAAGCCCCCCCACAGCCCAGCAACAGCCAGCCACCCCAGGAGCAGCCAGGCCCACCUCAAGACCAGCCCCCAGCCCAGGACCCUCCAGAGACCAGCCAGCCCCCAGCCCAGUACCCCCAGAAGAACACGAACAAGAGCCACCAGCAGCCACCGCAGAACCCCCCCCCAGCCCCCCCCCCCCCACCAGCCCAGAGAACAGAACCCCAGAGAAGCCCCAGAGCCACAGAGACCAGAGAAACAGCCAGCAGCCACCCACCACCCCCCCAGCACCAGACCUGCCACCUGCAGCAGCCAGCCAGAUAGCCACCCCAGAGCCCCAGCGAGUACUUGAUGAAUCCCCAGCCCAGAGCCCCCAAGAGCCCAGCCAGCCCCCAGCACAGCAGAGAGCCACCAGCACCAGCCAGCCGCCCCCAGAACCAGGGGACAGCCAGAAGCAGAAGCCCCAGCCCCACCCCAGCCGCCCACCAGCUGCCACACCCAGAGCCCAGCAGAACAGACCCCCCACAGCAGCAUCAGCACCCAGACCCCCCAGGACCCCCACCCAGAUGAGGACACCCACAGCCCAGCCCCCCCAGAGCAGCCAGAGCCGCCCCCACCCACCCCAGCUGAACACCCCCCCACCCCCCAGAGACCCCUGGAUCCAGAACCAGAACCCAGCAGAGCAGCAGCCCCCCCAGACCAGACCAGACUCCACCCAAGAGAAGCAUCCAGAAAAACAGCAGCAGCCCAGCAGAGCCCAUGAAGAGCGCCUCAGCCCCCAGCCCCAGAAGCCAGAGCCCCCCACCUACCCAAGUGCCCCCCAGCGCGUCCCCCCUCCCCCCCCUCAGCCCCCCCCCCCCCCCGCCAGACCAGCAAGACAACCACAGGAAACCCCCCCCCAGACACUCCCCCCCCCAGCCCCCAGCUCAGCAGCAGCUCUUCCCCCACAGCGCCAAUCCAGGCCAGCAGAAACAGAACCCUCAGCCCCUCCCCAGAACCCCCAAACUCAGCGCACAGAAACUCCCCCCCAGCCCAGAAGCCCCCCCACCAGACCCCCAGCACCCCCCAGCCCCCCUCCCCCCCCUCCCAGCCAGACCCCAGCCCCAGCCCCACAGCCAGGCCCAGCUCACCCAGCAGAAGACCGGGCCAGCCCACUCCCCCCAGCAGACCCCAGCACCCCCCCCCAGCCCCACCAACUCCAGCCCAGACCUCCCCCAGCUCUCCCCCGCAGCCCCACCCCCAGACCCCCAGUCCCACCCCCCCAGACCAGCCCAGCAGAACCCCCCUCCCGUCCCCCAAGAAGCCAGCCAGCCCAGCCCCCAGCCCCAGAACAGACCCCCCUCCCACCCCACGAAGACCCCAGACCCCCCAGCCCCCAGAUCCACCCACACAGCCCCCAGACCAGCCCCCAGGCCCCCCACCCCCAGACUACAGCCCAGCCCACACAGCCCAGUCACCCCAGAACAGCCCCCUGCAGCCAGGACCCAGCAGACAAAUUUACCAGCCCCGUCCCCAGCAGCCCCCCAGCCCACCAGCCAGACAGCCCAGCCAGUGCCAGUCCCCCCCCCAGCCCCAGCCGACCCAUACAUCCCAGAAGACCCAGAUCCACAAGCCCAAGCCCCAGCCCAGCCAGCCACCGCCCAACAAACUAA